AUCUUUUGGUUCCUGCAUUUUAACUUCAUUUUCAGGUUUUGGGUUUUCAUAUGUCAUCAAAUUCUGCAUCAUUGGACUCUUUCUUGGGUUUCUUUUUCCUGUAUACCUGCCCAUUACUAUUGCUUGCUCAGCUUCUGUUGGUUAAUAGUGGGUUUGGGGAUAGUAGGAUUCUAUGUUCUGGGUUGCUCUUUAUAUAUGAAACUAUAUGCACUUUCAGUCUUCCUUAAUUAUUGGGUACAAAACAUUGUUCAUCCAUGCUUAAAGUGUGCUUCUUUUGAUAUUGUUGAAGUUCCCUAAACUAGCUUUGUCUCUUACUCUGCGGGGUUGUUCGUAUUGCUUACUACAGUUUGAAAGGAUACAAUGGAGGGACAAUGUGCAAUCAAGAAAGAUGUAACUGAAUUAAUUGGAAAUACCCCAAUGGUAUAUCUGAAUAAUGUUAUGGACGGUUGUGUAGCUCGUAUUGCUGCUAAGCUAGAGAUGAUGGAACCUUGCUCCAGUGUCAAAGACAGGAUUGCACACAGUAUGAUCAAGGAUGCAGAAGAUAAGGGUCUAAUAACCCCGGGAAAGACUGUUCUGGUAGAGCCCACAAGUGGAAACACUGGCAUUGGUUUAGCAUUCAUAGCAGCUAGCAGGGGUUACAAGCUGAAGCUAGUCAUGCCAUCAUCAUAUAGCCUUGAAAGAAGAAUUGUGCUCCUAGCUUUUGGAGCUGAGGUAUACCUCACUGAUGUGAACAAAGGUGUUCAGGGAGUUUUUGAUAAGGCUGACGAGUUGCUACGCGACACACCUAAUAGUCAUAUGCUUCAGCAGUUUGAAAAUCCUGCCAAUCCAAAGAUUCAUUACGAAACCACCGGCCCGGAGAUAUGGAGAGACUCAGCAGGGAAAGUAGAUAUCUUGGUUUCAGGGAUAGGAACUGGCGGCACAGUAACCGGUACAGGGAAGUUCCUCAAGGAACAAAAUCCAGACAUCAAGGUCUGUGGUGUAGAACCAGCUGAGAGUGCAAUCUUGAAUGGUGGUCCACCUGGCGUGCAUCUGAUCCAGGGAAUGGGUGCUGGUUUCAUUCCUCAAGUUCUUGAUGUUAGCCUUUUGGAUGAAGUGAUUCCAGUAUCAGGUGAGGAAUCUAUGGAGACUGCUAGGCUACUUGCCAUAAAAGAGGGACUUCUGGUGGGAAUCUCAUCUGGUGCUGCAGCAGCAGCAGCAUUAAAGUUGGCCAGAAAGCAGGAAAACGCCGGAAAACUAAUAGUCGUCGUGUUCCCCAGCUUUGGAGAACGUUACCUAUCAACCACGCUCUUUGAUUCCAUUAGGCAUCAGGCAGAAAACAUGACUUUUUGAUAGGCUUGGCAUUUUGGCAAUGUCAUAAACUUUGCGUCCUUUUGGUCAUUGGAAUAAUACAGAUACUGCUUUUGGAUGUAUGGCAACAUGACCCUGAGCCUGCACCUGGUUACUAUCACUUGCAGAUCAUUAUAAAACUUGUAAAAGUGUACGACCCUGACCCUCCUACUGGAUCCGGUCUGUAUCUGUCUGUUCAUCUUGUAAAAGUGUUGUAAUACGGUCAUUCUCAAACCAUCAAUAAAACUUUCACUU